AUGUCUCUUUUUAAUGAUGUCUCAGUAGCCCCUCCAAUUGAAGUAUUUUUUAUGAAUAAAAAAUGCCAAGAUGAUACUGAUCCAAACAAAGUUAAUUUAACAAUUGGAGCUUAUCGUACUGAAGAAGGUAAACCUUUGGUAUUACCAGUUGUUCGUGAAGCAGAAAAAAGAAUUACAGCUGAUGAAUCAUUAAAUCAUGAGUAUCUUCCAGUUCUUGGACAUGAAGGAUUUUCUAAUGCUGCUGCUGAACUUGUUCUUGGAUCAGAUUCUAUAGCAAUUAAGGAAGGACGCUAUUUUGGAGUUCAAUGUCUCUCUGGAACUGGUUCUCUUCGUAUUGGAGCAGAAACACUUCAUGAUUUGAUUGGCCUUGAUACUGUUUAUGUCUCUAAUCCAACAUGGGGAAAUCAUAAUGCUGUUUUUAAAAAAGCUAACUUUAAAAAUAUUCAUAAAUAUCAUUACUGGGAUUCUGAGAACAGAAAGGUUGACAUUGAUAACAUGUUAAAAGAUUUAGAAAAUGCUCCAAAAAAUUCAGUUAUUGUUUUACAUGGAUGCGCUCAUAAUCCAACAGGAAUGGAUCCAACACACGAUCAAUGGGUUAAGAUUGCAGAAGUUGUCAAGAGAAAAAAUCUUUUCCCAUUCUUUGAUAUUGCCUACCAAGGCUUUGCUUCCGGUGACCCAGAUGCUGAUGCUUGGGCUAUAAGAUAUUUUGUUGAUCAAGGUCUCGAGAUGGUAAUUUCUCAAUCAUUUGCUAAAAACUUUGGUUUGUACAAUGAAAGAAUUGGUAAUUUGACAGUUGUUGUCACUGAUCCUAAAGUUAUCACUGGCAUGAAAUCACAAAUUUCACUUAUCAUUCGUGCAAAUUGGUCAAAUCCACCAGCUCAUGGUGCUAGAAUUGUUCAUAUGGUUCUAACAAAUCCAGAUUUAAAAUCUAAAUGGUUUGAAUCAAUCAAAGAGAUGUCUGGUCGUAUUAAAGAAAUGCGUUCCGCUCUUCGCACACAUUUAGAAGCACUAGAAACUCCUGGAAAAUGGGAUCACAUUACCCAACAAAUAGGAAUGUUCUCUUAUACUGGAUUGAAUUCAGCACAAGUCAAACAUCUUGUUGAAAAACACCACGUUUUUCUUUUAAGCGAUGGAAGAAUAAAUAUUUGUGGAUUGAAUACUAAGAAUGUAGAAUAUGUUGCUAAAGCUAUAAAUGAGACUGUUAGAAAUAUUUCAAACAAAUUAUAA